AUGCCACCUUCAGCAAACCUCAUUACCAAGAUCAAGGUGCAGUUGAAGCUCUCCAUCGCGCGCCUGCGCAUGGUGCAGCAACGCGAUGAAGCACUCUCCAAGACACAGAGAAGAUCCAUGGCCCAGCUGCUGGAGGCCGAGAAGAUCGACUCGGCCAGGAUCCGCGUAGAGAACAUCAUCCGAUCCGACAUCACGACCGAGCUGUACGAGAUCCUCGAGUUAUAUUGUGAGCUGCUGCUGGCGCGCGCCGGCUUAUUGGACGCCCCAACAUGCGAUCCAGGCCUGGAGGAGGCCGUCAAGAGUAUAAUAUAUGCCGCGCCCAAGACGGAGAUCAAGGAGCUGCAGCAGGUGCGCGCCCUCCUGGCCGAGAAGUUUGGCAAAGAAUUUGCCCUGGCUGCCAUGGAGAACUCGGAUGGCAAGGUCUCGGAGAAGGUUCUGAAGAAGCUCAGCGUGACACCUCCUAGGGAGGAGCUCGUCACAGGCUACCUCGAGGAGAUCGCACGAGCCUAUGGAGUAGCCUGGCCGAAGCGACCCAAGGAUCUAGGCGCUCCUCCCGAGUACAUCGACGACGAUGACGAUAGCCCCAGCGGUGGGUUGGCACAGAAAGUCCUCGAGGCAGAAAUACCGGCAGACAGCAAAGUCGCUCAAGAGAGAGAAGACCUGAGCAGAGCUACGCCACCUCGUGGUCUUGGGCCCGAUAACCCUCUGCACAUCACUCCGUCGAGUCCUUCUUCAGAGAACCCAAGGCCAAAGGUUACACUUAACUCGAUGGAGCUCAAGCCCAGCCAAAAAAUGGUUGAUGCCGGUCUCGCAAAGAAGAAAGAAGAGAAGGGGAGCUCGGACGGCGUGCCCGAUCUUAACGAGUUGGCUGCGCGUUUCGCAGCCCUGAAGCGGUGA